AAUUUUGUUCUUUUCCUUCAGGUUUGUUAACACACUUGUGUAUUAUGGUUUAUCGCUGAACACCAAGCAUUUGGGUGGUGAUAUCUAUAAAAACUUCUUUUUAUCAAGCCUAAUGGAGCUUCCUGCCUACCUUACCAGUGUUUGUUUGAUCAAUUGGUAAGUAGAGGUAUUGCAGUUAUGCAAUGUAAUAUUUGAAUAUGUAAUUGUCUGACUCAUAGUGGUUACCUAGAGUACUCUGAGGUUUUGGGUUCUGGCAGUGGAUUGGCCUGAGAAAACAGCUGAAAUUUCAUGAUGCUUCCACUGGUUUCCCUGUGAAAUAACUUCUGAGAAAUGUGUGCAGAAAUUCCAUACUGGUGAUGUAUCACCACCCAGAUCUGGAUCUUAAUGCUUAGGUGGUUUUCAAUUUAUGAGUAUAAUCAGCAUAACUGAAAUUUGAUACAGUGAUUGUCCUUUUUUUCAGGAUUGGACGUCGCCGUAGUCUGUGUUACUACAUGACGAUAGGGGGAACAGCAUGUUUGGUCUGUUUAUUUUUUCAAACAGGUCUGUGGUCUGUGAAAGUCUCCUCCCUACCACUUCCUUAUCCUGUAAACAAUAAUUAUUUUACCUUUUGCUUUGUUUUGCCAGAAAAAAAAUGAAAUGUCAAUCUCCCAAAAAGUGUCCCAGGUUUCCCCAUUGCUGUGCAAUAACUGGGACUAGAGAUUUAAAAUUGAAUCACAAUAAAAGUCUUUAGUAAAAUAUGUCUGGUCCAUUAUCCUUGAUGGUACAGUCAAAAUUCUAUGAAGCAGCCGUGACCUACAGGGAAGGGGCAAGUGGCCCUUUAACAGAAGUUCUUUUUACAGUGAUUACUGACAGUUUUGCUCCCUGUGUCUCUUGUAACGUACUGCAUGCUAGAUACAGGAUGGCCACCUAAUAAGAGUUUGCUUUUAACAGAGGUUCCAACUCUUGUUAAUAUGUGAUGAAUAUUUAAAGGAUUAGACAUAACCUGAAGGCAUUGAUUUCUUUCUCUUUCUCUUUUCAGGUACCAAACCGGUGUACCGGAUUCUAACAACCAUCUUUGCCAUGAUUGGCAAGUUUGGAAUCUCUGCUUCAUUUGCUGUCAUUUAUAUUUAUUCUGCAGAACUUCUUCCCACAGUAGUUAGGUAAUGUACGUUACUGUCUUAAACAAUUAAUUAGAAUUUUACAAUAAUUAAUUAUAACUUAUAUAGCGCAUUUUUCAUGGAGCUUGAUCAAAUGCAUUUUACAAUGAGUUAAAAAGACUAAAAAUGAAUAAAAUUUACAAGCAGGUACCAAGUUUUUUAAAAAAGUAUUAACAAUAAAAUAAAUGAAAUAAAUACCCUGCUACUCCACUGCGCUUUACAGGAAAUUGAAAAGACUAAAAAUAUAUAAAAAUUUAUGAGCAGGUAAAGGUUUUUAAAGGUUUUUAUUAAAAUAAACGAAAUACAUACUCUACUACAAAUUAAAAGCUUGUUUAAAAAGAUAUGUUUUAACAUGGCUUUUAAAAUUUGAAAGAAAAUAGUACUGAACAUAAUACUCAGUAAUAGGAAAUCAACCUAAGGUCCUUAAAUCAGCUUAUUAGCUCUCCUUAAAAGGCGUUCUGUCAAAACUACGCUGAAUUUCAGGUGUUUUCUUGAAGAGUCUAAAUUCUUAGAGUUUCUGCUCUUGAAAAAGACACCCCAGAGUCCUGUAUAUGAACUGGGGCCGAUAAGUAAUCGGCUCCUGACAUGAAUCAGUUAAAGCCCAAUCACAAGCCAUUGGAGGAAGUGUUAGAAAAAAGCUUUUUAAUUGAAAUUUAUAUUAUUCAUAGUUCAUACUAUUUUAUAGGAAUGUUGGAAUGGGUGUGUGCUCCAUGGCUUCCAGAAUCGGUGGCAUUUGCUCUCCUUUUGUUGUUUUCUUGGUAAGUUUUCUUAUUCAAAAUUUUGCAGUUGUUUACCAAACUUUUGAAUUCUUUUUCUGGUUUGUCAGUCCCACUUACUUCCUUUUUCAUCUUUUAAUUGCCGUAAAAUAGGCCCUUUUUGAGGGGCUUAUAUAAUUUGCGUUUCAAAAUCGAUUGGGCUAGCCUUAUAAUUGAAAGGAAAUUUUCCGUUUUUGCUUUGUUUUGCUUUGUAUUUGAGGGCAAUUUUCCAAGUACAAGUCCUCGGGGGGCUUAUAUUUGGAGGGUCGAUUUAACGGAGGGUUUUUUUGCGUUACCGGAUUGGGGGGCUUAUACAUGGAGGGGCUUAUUUUCGGAAUUUUACAGUACCUUAACAGUGCAGUGUAAUAUAAAAUUUUUUGUCGCAUUUUAGGGAAUCUACACACGCCCCCUUCCCAUGAUGAUAUUCGGGAUGUGUUCAUUUUCUGCUGGGUUACUCAGCCUGAUUUUACCAGAGACCCUGAAUAAACCACUGCCAGAGAGCUUAGAGGAGACUGGGUUCGAGGGCGUGGAAGGCAUGUCAUAUGAGCGACUAGAAAUGGAACAGUACACACGUGGCGCAGUUGAUUCGAAUGAUGAUGUGUUCCAAGCGAAUGAUUCAGACUUCGAUGAUGAUCUUGUUAGCGAGAAGACGACAUUUAUCUAG